AGUGUUUAUUUACAUUUAUAUAAAUUACAAGCAAUAACUCUACAAGCUUUUAUACUCCCUUUUAAAAUCAAUGUGUCAUAAAAUAGUUAUAUUUUUACAUUCAUAGACAUUAUAGUCAUAGAUAUGUGUAUAUAUAUGUAGAAAUAUAUUUAAUGCAUUAUAUAUUUAAAUACAAAUAAAUAUCUAAUCAUGUUUGGGAAAGAGGCCUUCCAACUUAUUACAGAACUUGAUUUGUCUGAUGAUAUAAAACCCUUCAAUGAAUCUGUGGUCAGACAAGUAUUGGAAGAAAUACAUUAUCUUUAUGAAGCAAAUUUACUUGAUAGCAAUGCUAUCAAAAAUGAUGGCAAUACAGCAUUACUUCCGUCUGUACAAUUUCGACAUAUAGCUUUAACUAGAAACAAAAGAUGUAUCUUAGCAUACUUGUAUAAUAGAAUGAGAAGAUUACGUCAAAUGCGUUGGGAAUUAGGUAGCAUCUUACCACCAGAAAUCAAUUCUAAUUUACUUAAUGCAGAAAUUCAAUGGUUCCAUUCAUAUAAUAAAUCUUUAGCUACAUAUAUGAGAUCUAUAGGAGAUAGUUGCGGACUUAAUUUGACAGUAAAUAUGUUACCACCUAAAUCUCUUUAUAUAGAAGUUAAGUGUUUAACAGAUUUUGGCAAGCUAGAGAUUGAAAAUGGACAAGUAGUCACUCUCAAGAAAAACACAUAUCAUUUAUUACCUAGAGUAAUCUGCGAGCCUCUUAUCAGACAGGGUAUAUUAGAACAUCUCGCAUGAUGCGUUUGUUGUUUGAUAUUACAAAAAAGAAAAAAAAAAAAAAAAAGAAGAUUUUGAAAUUCAAAUCAUAUUAUUUUUAUACCAUACAUGCUUUACAAUAAAAUACUAAUUUAUGUAUAAAGAACAUUUCUAACAGAUCUUUCAAAGAACCGAAAUUUGAAUGUUAGACAAAAAUCUAUCACGUGAUCGUUUCUUAACUAUAUGUUUAUGUUGGAUUUUCCAAGAGAAAGUGGAUUAAAAUAAGGAUACUUUUAGAAAACACAUAUUUCUAACACAUGUUUUCACAAGGAUUUUCCCAAGGUGUUCAAAUUCAAAGUUUAUUUGUGCAGAAUAUUACUUAAGCGUAGUCAUCGGUUGUCUUCGAUUCGUGAUGAGUGGUAUAUUCAGAACGGACAACGUAUAUUUCUCAGAUAGUGAUACGAGUCAAGAUUAUUUUUUUCUCUAUCAUCGUUAUUUCACCGUGAAACAAAAUAUUCAUUCUCAGCGCGAAUCGGGAUAUUUUACGAACGAAGGAAACACGUUCUGCAGUGUUGGUGUUCUAAGUAUUGAGAAAGAAAAAAAAAAACAAAAGAAUUCUUCGUAAAGAAAAAAAAAAAAAAAAAGAAAAAGGAAAUUAUUUUUUACUAACAGGCUCUUCAUGUUUCGUCAUAAAUGUCCGAACAAUUGAGCAUACGUAAGUAUUAAUAUUAUUAUUAUAAUUUUGCAAUGUUGUUUUCUCUCUUUUUUGUUUUUAUGCCGAAUGACUUUCUUCCUCUUCUUCGAUAAAAAUAUUUAAAAGAUUAUCAGAGAUAGCGAUUAUUGUAUGAUGGCGAUAUAAAAAAGAAAAAAAAAAGAAAAAAAAAAAAGAAACAACCAAAAAAAAAAGAAAAAGACAAAAUAUAAAAGUAAAAAUUCUUGUAUAAAUCGAUUGAUUUACAAUAUAAAAACGAUUGAGUUCUACGAAUAUAAACAAUUUCGUUAACUUGAACAUAAUCAAAUCUGUCUCUAUUAUUACGAUCAUGAUGAAUAACAAGUUGUUGUGAUUUUUCUAAUCAUUUUGAUAUACGUACAUAUUAUAAAUAUAAAUCUUGAUAGAUCAAAAAGACGUCAUUUAUAAAUAAUUUAACGUGAUUUAACAAUGAUUGUUUGUUUAAAGUAACACAUUUAGAUGUAACAUAGCGUUAUUGUAUGAAUCCUAUGCGUACGCUAAAGAUCAAAGGAUGAUUAAUUGGGAUAUGUUAAAGCUUUCAAGUUUGUUUUUUUUUCUCUCUCUUUCUUUUCUUUUUUUUUUUUUUUCUUAUUUUUUAACUGCAUUCACCUCUGUUCAUUUGCCAACUCGUGGAAAUAAUAUCGAGAAAAUCAGUUGAAGAAACCAAACUCGAAAGAUCAAAAUUUUCUGAGACUAUAGAGAUCUGGGCAAAAAUAUCCACUACUUUCCGUUUUGUCAUUGAGUCAUCGUACUUUCCCAACCUCGUGUAUAACCAAACAACAACGCUUGACAUUCGACAAAUUUUAUGAUGAUUUCUCUAAAGCCAAAAUACGCUUAAUUUAGGAAAUCAUGUUUUGUUCAAAUUUAUAUAUGAAAUAAUCGAUAUAUCGAAUAAAUUUAAUUUUAAUUUACUCGAAAUUGUAAAAAAGAUCAAUAAAAUAUAGAUAAGGGGUAUUUUCAAAGGGCUCAGAAAAUAAAAAGAAAGAAAAUAUCGGUCUUAUCGUUAUCAUACAAAUGAAAUUAUCGCAGAUAUACAAACAGGGAUUUUACAAGGCUAGAACUAUAUUGCCCUAUCUCUUUCAUAUUACGAGACCGCGCGUUGAUUUAAAUUUUUUUUUCUCUCUACAUUCCCUAACGUUCUAAUAUAUAUUCUCUAAUUUUUGAGUAUUGUUAUCUUUUUCCUUAUAGUCAAAUUCCAUGAAUAUUAUUAGCGUGAUAAAAUAAGAUUCGAUUUUCUUUUCUUCUUCUUGGCAUUCUUUAUAUUUUGGGAUAAUUUUUAAUCAGAAAGAAGUAUUGUUAACAAUACGCACAACUUUAAGCCGAACACGAUACGUUGAUAAUAUAUUUUCUGUUCUUAUCUCGUUCAGGUUUUCCCCAGAUAACUUGAGUAACAUCCAUUAGGAUUUAUAAUAAAAAAAAAAAAAAAAAAAAAGAAAAAAAA